GACACCCUUAUAUUACACCACCAACGGCCACAAUCGGCGCUACUCGCCGCCGCCGCAAUAGUCAUAGUGAAUAAUAGUGAUCUUUGGAAUGAGGUAAUUUAGUAUUGUUUUGUUGUAAAAAAAUCUCUCCACUCCACUCUACAGUCCAAAUCACCAAUCAGCAAGAGAAAAGGAAAAGAAAGGAAAGGCAAGGCUGGUAGAAUGAGGAACUUACUAGGGUUUCAUCUUCCUCGUUUCUCUGAGGAGGAUGAUUGGCUUCCUGGUUGGCUGCAGCCGCCUUCCUCCUCCCCCUUGAUAUCAAGGGAAUUGGAUGAGGAUAGUAAUCAAUGUCGUCGUUCCUCUUUCGGCGGUCAAGAAGGAUUUCAGGAGGAACUUGGAUCCCUUCAACAAAGCACCAGAGAAAAUGGGAAUAUGUCUUCUGAUGACAGGUACAAGAGUUUCCAUUUGUUCUUAUCUGGGGAAGACGAUUCAGGGUUGAAUUUUCCUUCAUCUUCUAGCAAUCAUGAAGUUCGAUAUCAUCUUCGUCUAUCAACCGAAGAUUCUCAGUGUACAUUAAAUCCAGUUUUCAGUAGAUCUCAAUCAGAGAGAUUAGAAUUCAAUCAAACUCUCCUGUUGCAUCAGCCAGAGGCUAAAGUCCUCCCUGAGGAGGACACACAUAAAGUGAACUGUAAUGAUGAUGAAACUCAUAUAGUUCCAAGUCAACCGAAGGACAAUUUAGGAAUAUCACAUCAUGAAUCUCCAAGCUUUAAGGAGCAAAAAGAAAAAAACUCAUCCCAUAGAGUUGAUUUUGUCAAUGCAAUUGAACUAACUAUUGCAGCGUCAGAGGCGCUAGAAAUACACGAGAUAGUAAAACAUGUACCUAUUACAGAAUCUUCUAUUGGUUUAGCUGUACUUGAAGCUGCAUUAAGGGUGAAGCAAGCACGUUUGGAGGAUUGUAUAGAGACUUCCAGUAGCUCUUUUGAGGAAAGCAAUGAGAUUGACUGUGAUGUUCUCUCUGAUUUGGAUGAGUUGGCCAUGGCAGAUGCAUAUGAAGAUGUGGGUUUGACAGUUAAUGGCCACAGUGAUCAGAGUGCUUAUGGAUCCUUAUCUCAUGUUAAAGAUAGUUAUGCCUCAGAAAACUACAUAUUUGAGGCCAAACAGUUGGAAGUUGAUUCUGGCUUUAAUUCUUCAAAAGAACAACAUAAACAAGUUGAUAAUGCCAAUAAAUUGUUGAAAAGGGUCCAUAUGAACCAAACCUUUGAAGGGAAUACACACGAGGGACAUGUGAGUUAUGAAGAACUAGGCACAGAAGACGCUGAUCUAGCAUGUGACAUUGAUCCCGUUCUCAGUUGUUCAGUUAAGAAAGCUGAUUUUUGCAUGACAGAGGUUAGCUUGGAGAGGGACCAUAUACCCGGGGAUACGACAUCAUUGCAUACCAUCUUGAGGUCUUCUGUACAAUAUGGAAUCUCUAGAUGCAAUGAAAGAGAAGAUAAGAUGACAAACUUGGUUCCAGAUAGAUUUCAAAGUCGUUGGUUUGGUGGUUGGACAUGGAAGAAUGAUCCAUGCAUUCCUGCUGUUAAGGACGAUAAAUGCAAAAGACACAUUCCUGAACUAUUUGCUAACGAAACAAGCUCUAUCUCUGAAUCUGCCGAUGUUGCUCCAGACAUGAAUUCCUGCAUGCAGAAACAUGACAAUGAGUGCAAUUCAGUUUCUCAAACAAGUGUAAAUCCUGAAUGUGCAUAUGAGAAAGCUAGUAAUGGUGGGAAAUAUUGUCCUGAUGAUUUGCCAGCUUCCCGUAUCGUAGCUCUUGAACACUCGUAUGAUAAAGCCAGGACUAGUGGGAAUUUGCUUUCUGAUGGUGCUAUGUCCCCAAUCGACCCUUUAUGUUCUGUUGUUCCUUGCAGUUUUACUUCAAAUAGUGCUGGCCACUCUCGUAUAUCUCAGAAUUGUGAACAGCAGGUGAAAUUUGGGAAGUAUUUGAGCCCCACAGCUGCACCCAACUUCGACACUGCUAAAAGGGUAUCGCCCCUAAGUGAAGGGAGAUCUAAUUCUAAAGUUAUUGGUGAGGGCUCUCCAACUGUACGCAGGCAGCAGGUCUCACUUAAAACUUACAGCAUGCUGGAUCCUACAUCAUCUGUCAGAGAACAAACUCGUGUUAAAUCUUUACCAUCUGAAAAUGUUCCAAUGUAUUUUCCUGCUGAUAUGCAAACUCCCACCCUUGACUUCAGAGGUGAUAAUGAUGGGAUUAUUGAGACCGCAAAAGGAGAUACAGAGUUGACGAGUCAAAUGGUGAAGAAGAUGAACUUACCCAUGACUAAAAAGAAUGGUAAUAAAGUGGUUUUAAAUAGCAAUGUGGAGUUAUUGCCAACCAGAGUUUCCAGAAAGGUCAAGUCUACAUGUAAAGGUUUUUUAGUUCCAAGGAGAAAGCGUGUCCGUUUCUCAGAACCCGAAAUUAGUUAUCCGCAGGUAAACAUAUUCAAACAAUGGCCAGAAGUUAGACUUGAAGAUCCUUUGGUUGCAAGUAAAGCGUGCAGAGGAUUAAGAAGUUCUAAUCUGCAACCUAAGUCUGGGUCUUGUGAUAAAAAGAUGCUAUUUCUUGGGCUCGAAUUCUUGCUUACAGGAUUUUCUGUCAAGAAGCAUAACGAAAUCAAGAAUCUAAUCCUAGAAAAUGGUGGAAUCGUUUUUGACGAUAUUCCUUUAACGCUUAGAGGAAAACAAAGCCUAAAACUUCCUCUUGUUCUGUGUCCCAAAAAGCUGCUGACAACCAAAUUCUUGUACGGAUGUGCAGUAAAUGCAUGUAUUCUUAAAGUUAAAUGGCUGUUUGAUUCAGUUGGUGAAGGUUUGAUCCUACCACCUAAUAAAUAUACAAUCCUAAAAGAACAUCCUAGUAAGAACUGCAACAUAAUAGGAAAGCCGGUCUGUAGGGAUUAUUUUAUCUUUAAUAAUGUUGCCAUCAUGCUUCAUGGACAACACAAUUUCUGCAACAAAAUGGCAAAAAUCAUCAAAUAUGGAGGUGGGCUGGUGUUUAAAACGCUACAUUGGUUGGUUAAGUGUCUUGAUUCGAAAAAGGUAUCCAUGGGGGCUAUUAUUGUGGAGGAUGAAAACCACAUUUCACGUCAGUUGAAACAAUGUGCCUUGGAGCAAAACAUUCCUACAAUGCCAUUUAGUUGGAUUGUAAAUAGUUUAUAUGCAGGAAGGCUUUUUUCCUCACCAGAACUCAAGCUUUCAGAUGAUCCGCUUCUUGCUGAAUUGAGUGAAGAGAUAUGAAUUUUUACCUCACUGUUGGAUUUUAUUUUUAACAUCUUCAGUUCACAGGUUUAUAAUAAUCAAAUGUGAGUGGGAUGUCAUCCAACUAAACUAGUAACAGUGCAUAUGAUAUCAAGAAAGAACAGGUGGAUGAUGAUGAUUUAGUGUGGAUGAGCUUAGUGACUUCACCGGUCAAAGGUUCCUUUGGAGAGUUUCUAUUACCCAGUCCAAUCUUGAAAAACGAAUACCAUUGGCAAGUUCACCGACGACGGUCAUACUAUCAAAAUUGGUGUAAUCUACAUGGCGUUGAACAGGAGAACACUUCCCCACAUAACAGUAUGGCUACUCAUCGUCCCGAUUCCCACAUGUCUACUAAGUUCAAGAUGCUAUUUCCGUUACCAGAAACAAUGCUGUAACUUCGAAUUUGACCACCACUUCCAACAGCCCACAAUGAUUAGACUUUGGAACUUCCAAGCGUCAUCAUGAUCUGAAUUUGGAACUUCCAAGUAUCAAGUCCACCUCAAUGAUUAGACUUUUUCCGAAACAAGAUAGUAUUGAGAACCCUUGAUCCUCAAUGGUCUUCAAUGUAUGAGCUUCAUGGAGCUUACUAUCAUAUUAUAAAAAACCUCUUGGAGUUGAUUCCCAGAGGAUGCCAAUGUUUGCAGAGGUGUUGACGAAGUGCUGUUUUGAUGGUUGUGGUUCAACCUAGAGAACACAACAUGUAUGACCAAUAUUGGCCGAGUAUAAGUGUAUAACCCUCAAGGAAAAAUAUCCUUUUCACAUGCUGUUUACAGGUAAAAUGGAGGAAGACAUUAAAUUUGAUUGGUUAGUUUUUAGAAUAUCUAAAGUUCAUGAGGGGGUGUUUGGAUGCGUGUUGAAACUAAAGUGACAAUAAUCAGUUUGUGUUUCAGUAAAACUGAUCAUGGUUAAUAAUUUUUAUGAUUAUAGUGGGUCAAAAUCUUGGAUUUGAAAAA